AAAUUCAGUUCAAAUUCAACUGGCGCCGGAAGUGGACGUGUAAGUUAACGAAGUGCUCAAGUGCUCAAGUGCCGUUGUAUUACGGUGUUGCGGUGCGGUGCGUGACAUUCCGUUGCUGUUACGGAUUUUAUUGCUUUUACGUACACGGAUUUGAAAAGCGAUGCGACGCGGCGGUUGUGUGUGUGCUUGUUGGUGUUCUUGCAAUAUCUAGCGCUACUUCCUGGCUGUGUGUGAUAAAAUUAUCAGAUAGAUAUCAAAUUCCAAGCCACUCAUUAUGAGUUAUUUCGAAAAAACACCGGCUAAAUUAUUUUAAUCACAGUUAGUUAACCGUAACGGAAUGCAAUGAAAUGAAAAAAGUUUGAGUUUGAAAAAAUAUGCACAUUACUAAUAUCAACCACUUCCAACACAUAUCAAAACGACAUAAUCAGCAGCAAGCGACCUAACGCAACAAAACCGUUACACCAGUAAACAUAUCAACGUGCAAACGGGUCGCUUGCUCAAGUAACAAAAAACAUAACAACAUUAGAAAAAAAUAAUAAUUUCCUAGCCCGAAAUUAGUUGGCUUAUAUUGCAUUUGAAGCGAGUGAGAGCAGGCAACGACGCCCAGCUGUUAAAAUGUUCAUAAUUACGGUCAUUAAGUUGCUGCUAAUUGCGCUGAACCUCUUUCCCAGCCGCUGGACCAACCGGAAAGUGAUGUUCCUCAUCUAUCUAACAAAUCUGGUGACACAUGUGAUGAUGGAUGAGCCACGCUUCGCGCAGCCGAUACCGAAUGUAACAGUUGCUGUUGGACGAGACGCCAAUUUGCCAUGCGUUGUUGAGCACUUGGGUGGCUAUAAGGUCGCCUGGAUCCACAUCGAUCGCCAAAUGAUACUUACAAUACAUAAACACGUCAUCUCGCGUAUACCGCGCUAUACUAUUACCUAUGAUAAUGCCAACACAUGGCUUUUGCAUGUGAAUCAAGCGCAUCAAGAUGAUCGUGGCUAUUAUAUGUGCCAAGUAAAUACGAAUCCUAUGAUAAGCCAAGUGGGCUACUUACAGGUUGUGGUACCACCGAAUAUCUUAGACAUCGAAAGCACACCCUCAUCCGUGGCUGUGCGUGAAAAUCAAAACAUCAAUAUGACUUGCCGUGCUGAUGGCUUUCCAACACCGAAAAUAAUUUGGCGUCGCGAAGAUGGCGAGGAAAUUGCCGUCGAAAAGAAGAAGAAAGUUUUGGUCUACGAUGGCGAGGUGCUGCCACUGACAAAAGUUAGCCGCAAUGAAAUGGGCGCGUAUUUAUGCAUUGCCACUAAUGGUGUACCGCCCUCGGUUUCCAAAAGGAUUAUAUUGGAUGUUGAAUUUUCUCCUAUGAUUUGGGUACCAAAUCAAUUAGUUGGCGCGCCAGCUGGCACCGAUGUUACAAUUGACUGUCAUACGGAGGCACAUCCUAAAGCAAUAAUUUAUUGGGUCUAUAACUCAGUCAUGGUGCUGCCAAGUAAAAAGUAUAAAACGGACUACACGGAGAAUUCCUACCGCGCUCACAUGAAGCUGACAAUAAGAAAUUUACAAUAUGGUGACUUUGGCAACUAUCGAUGCAUAUCUAAGAACUCGCUCGGCGAAACGGAAGGAUCCAUACGUGUUUACGAAAUUCCACUGCCAUCGACGCCCUCAAAGCAAGUCACACAUACCACAAUUGAAACAAGGGAAAACAACAUCAUACCCACACGCAAUGACUCAAUAAACGCUAUACAAAAGGACAUUUCCCUGAUGAAAGCGGAUUUGCUGGGUAGUGGCACAUCAUCGGCUUCCUCCUCACACUCCGCCACCGCAUCUAUUUCGGGAGGAAAUGGCAAUAGUCUGUCGGCGCUGGGCGGCUCCGGCACAAAUGCCGUCGAUCGCAAGGGUACGCUGGCUAUUGGCAAAAGUAUGUACUAUACGGAGCAGCCACCGAAGCAGUUGGAUGGCUCAGCGGCUGGCGCCUUACACAAAUCACCAAGCAUUUUCUAUUUGUGUAGAUUUGCGUUAAUAUUCUUAUUAUUAAGAAAUCAAUCAUAAAAUUUAUGGUCUUAUGGCCAUUUAAGUAAUUAACAAAAUAUAACGAAUGAAAAUAUGCAAAAUUUAGAUAUAAAAUAAUUGUAAUAUAUAACAUAUUAAAGAAUUGCUAUUAAUUUAGAAAUUAAAAAAAAAUUCAAGAGUUGGCUAUGAUAUUAUUUAAUUAAAAUAUUCAAAUUAUAUAAUUAUAUUUUUGUGACCACAGCUUGUGUUUUAUGAGAAGAGUACAGAGAAAAUUAAACUGAUCUUUUAUGUAAAAAGUUGAAAAUACGAUUUGAAUUUUCAAUACUUUCCAAUACUUUGAAAAUUUCAUCGGCAGCGAAAAAAGCGAGGAGCGAAGGAGUGUAUUUAUUUACUCUUCGGUAGGCUACAGCAAAGUGAUUUCUCCUUUAAUGGUUCGAAAAUGGUUUAUAAACUUCAAACUCGAAAUUUUUAUACUGGUUUACAAAAAGUAUUUCAUUCUUGUUGCCCUGGGUAUCUCUACAUGAGGUUUUGUGAUCUUGUAUAUAUAUGACACACCACUGGCCCAUUUCUCAAGGGACGGCGUUACGAAGAGGGUAAACUUUACAAAGUAGCUUAGUGUUACUCUCGAUAGUAAGGCGGAAUGGAAUGAUUCCAUGCUCGACCUACUGCUGGGGGGCAGCUCCCCCUGCGGGUAGGGUGGACCCCCUCAGGGUUCAGGGGGGAACCGAAUAUACCCGCAGUAAGGUAUGCCUGUCGUAAGAGGCGACUAAAAUCCCGCAUGCACUGUGUCUGUCAUUCUGGGCUU